CUCUCCCACUCCCAUAAAUGCAGUGACACUUGCAUUCUGUGUGUGCAUGUGUGUUUGUGAGAGAGUUGAAAUGGAAAGUGAGGGAGCGGGGGGAGAGAGGGAGUAAGUGAGAGAGAGAGAGAGAAAAGGAGGGGGAAGUGUGUGUGUAUGUGUGUACGAGCGUGUGUUAAAGCUAGCUACUCACAGAAAAGAAGGAAUAAGAAAAUUCAAGUAGCCGCCAUAUGCUGAGGAUUUUUGUGAAUGCCCUGCUGAGGAGACACGCUAGAUUUUCCGGCGGAUCCUAAAAGAUGGGAAGCUCACAUUUGCUGAACAAAGGCUUGCCUUUAGGCAUCAGGCCUCCCAUAAUGAAUGGGCCCAUGCACCCUCGUCCUCUGGUGGCACUGCUGGAUGGACGGGACUGCACUGUGGAGAUGCCCAUCCUGAAGGACGUGGCCACCGUGGCCUUCUGUGAUGCUCAAUCUACCCAUGAGAUUCAUGAGAAGGUUUUAAAUGAAGCAGUGGGAGCUCUUAUGUACCACACCAUCACCUUGAUGAGAGAAGAUCUGGAAAAGUUCAAAGCACUUCGUAUAAUUGUCCGCAUAGGCAGCGGUUUUGAUAACAUCGACAUAAAGUCAGCUGGAGACUUGGGGAUAGCAGUGUGUAACAUGCCAGCAGCUUCAGUAGAAGAGACCGCAGACUCCACCAUGUGUCACAUCCUCAACCUGUACCGACGCACCACCUGGCUGCACCAGGCUCUCCGUGAGGGCACGCGGGUCCAGAGCGUGGAGCAGAUUCGGGAGGUCGCAUCAGGGGCGGCCCGCAUCCGAGGGGAAACGCUAGGGAUCAUUGGUUUAGGCCGUGUUGGACAGGCGGUGGCCCUGAGGGCCAAAGCGUUCGGCUUUAACGUGAUUUUCUACGAUCCGUACCUGUCUGACGGGAUGGAGCGAGCCUUGGGGCUACAGAGAGUUAACACUUUACAGGACCUGCUCUUCCACAGCGACUGCGUCACCCUCCACUGCAGUCUAAACGAACACAACCACCAUCUCAUCAAUGACUUUACCAUCAAACAGAUGCGUCAAGGGGCGUUCCUGGUAAACACUGCUCGUGGAGGACUGGUGGAUGAGAAAGCUCUCGCCCAGGCUCUGAAAGAGGGAAGAAUACGGGGCGCGGCCCUGGACGUCCAUGAGGCAGAGCCCUUCAGUUUCAGCCAGGGUCCUCUUAAAGACGCCCCCAACCUGAUCUGCACUCCACACGCCGCCUGGUACAGUGAACAGGCAUCCAUAGAGAUGAGGGAGGAGGCGGCACGGGAGAUUCGCCGAGCUAUUACAGGUCGCAUUCCAGACAGCCUAAAAAACUGCGUGAACAAAGAGUUCCUCACACAGACCACGCACUGGGCCGGCAUGGACCCUGGUGUGGUUCAUUCAGAGCUCAAUGGAUCCUACAGGUACCCUCCAGGUGUAGUGAGCCUCGCAUCAGGGGGUCUACCUCCAUCCGUGGAGGGCAUCAUGCCAAGUACUGUGCCCAUGACCCACAGCCUUCCCGGCGUAGCCCACCCUCCACACGCCCCAUCACCCGGCCAAAGCGGCAAAGCCGAACCAGAUAGAGAGCAACAUCACAACGAACAGUUAUAGCCCCGCUGUUCAAAGGCUUUCCUUACCACUAUAGACAUCUCCUGGUCCUUCAUUACCCCAAAGAAGAGGAGCAGAAAGAGGCUCCCGGCCACCAAAAAAACACAACGACUCUAAAGUAGCCAACACUUUGACUGAAGGUGGCGGACCGAGCCCUUUGAAGUAUCUUUUGUGGCAAAAAAAAGAG